AUGUUUGCGUUUCUACUACUGCUUGGCUUUGUCAACCAAUCACUAGCCCAGUCCAAUUCAACGGCCCUGGAAGGCUGGCAGUUGGAUGACAAUACACGCUCAAGUUGGGACAUUUUCUGGACUUGUGUUUCAACAAUCCUUGCUUGCACAUGGACAGCCCUGCACAUUUCUGUCCCAACCCGUGCUGAAACACAAGCAGUAUAUCUUUGGUGGAAGACAGCAGCAUGGGUAGGCACGAUCCUUGCCCCGGAGUUUAUGGCUGGGACUGCAGCCGAAGAACUAUGGCAGGCAAGGUCUGCAGUGGCACGCUGUAAUGCUGCUUUCCGCAUAAUAAACAGCGGAGGAAGUGAUCCAGACUCCCCGGAAGUCCCAAAAACAUCAAAGGCAGAAGAAUUUGAUGGUCGCUGGGGUACUGUCCAAGGGUUUUGCCUUGGUAUGAAUGGUGUUCUUCUUCAGACCAAGGAUGAUUGGACAUAUCCAGUACACUGUAGCAACGUUGUUGCCCUGAUCGAAACGCGCGUUAUCAAGCCAUCUCAUUUGAGGGCUAGAGAUAUCCAAGACCGUGCCAAAGCUGACUCCUUUGCCAAAGGAUUCACGCUGCUCCAAGCCUUCUGGGUGACUUGCAAUGUUAUUGCCAGAAGAGCAUACAACAUGCCCAUUACAGCUCUCGAGAUUGCUACAGUGGCUUAUAUCUCCUGUGCCGCCGCUACAUAUAUAAUCUGGUGGAAUAAACCGAAAGAUAUGGUAACACCAAUCACGAUUUAUCUGCCAUACGAUCGCGAUUCCGAGAGUCUCCCACCUCAAGUCAGAGAUAUUCUAGACGCAGAAGUUGGGAACUGGGUCCACUCGGAUGCCAUCGCUAGAGACACUGGAUCUCCGGUAUGGCAAAUCCUUGUCGCAAUUUUCCAUUUCCAACUUAGAGUGUUAUCAGUUCUAUGCGCACCUUGGUCAUGGAAUAGGAACUGGGAAGUGCUGAAAGCUAGGCUGGAAGUUGGAAUACGAGAGGCAACAGCCAAGCCCUCUGAUGCCAGCGAUAGUGGCCACCAAGACGAGGAAAGUUCCCGGCAGACUGAGAAAGCAUCUCAUGCCAACCGUGGUAGCCAUAUAGACAAAGAGGUUGGCGAUGAGCCAGGAUCAGAACCAGUGAAUAUCAAUAAUGACCAUCAGGAUGAGGAAAUUUCGGAUGGUGUCAUUCAACAACCGAGAAAUGAGCCAGAAGUUGACGAAAUACUGGCCGGAAAGGAAACUUCCCAAGGAAAAGAACCAUUGAGGAAGCCCUCUGAUGCCAGUAAAAAUGACCACCGAGAGGUAGAAACUCAUCAUGAAACCGAGCUAGAAUCCAAGCCACAAAAAACGAUGAUCUCAUUGGAAGACGACGAAAAGUUAACGAUCAUGGAAUGGACCAAUAUCGCUCAUUUCUAUAUGUUUAGUGGGCUGGUAUUUUGCGGGAUACAUGUUGCCGCAUGGAAUUCUACCUUCCCAACAAGGGAGGAACAGAUAGUAUGGCGAGUGUUCUCGCUAGUUGCACUCUUCAUCACUUGGCCUCUGUACUUUAAAUACCUUUGGUCAUUCUAUUGCCUCCGGCGUACAUUAGAUGACAAGGAGGAGCGUGUCUCAAGUGCCAGUUGGUCGAAACCAUCUGACCUGUUUAUCAAUCUGAUGUGGUUUUUCUGUUAUGCCACUGCACGCUGGGGAAGUGUCAUCUUGAUGUUUAUAUCCCUCCGGGCAUUGCCUGCUGGUUCUUAUACCACAGUGGAUUGGUUGUCAUCAAUUCCCCAUAUUUAA